AUCAGUUUAUUAUUUCAUCUCAAGCUAAACAAAUCGAAAUGUUUCUCGCGAAGAUUGCCAUCCUGUGCACUGUCCUUGUCCUGGUCAGUGGCAAUGAAGAAUAUCCGACUUUCGGAGGCCCUAAGACACUUCAGGGCGAGGAAUUGGCCAGGUCCCAGGAGACUCUGCAGAAUUCACUGACUAAGCUAGCUGCUGGCGAGGGACCCCACUAUCGCAUCUCCAAGGUCAUUUCGGCAUUCACUCAAGUGGUUGCUGGCAGCAGGGAUGUUUACACUGUAGAGCUAAUCGACAGCAGUGGUGCCACCAAGGUGUGCGAGGUGGACAUUUGGUCCCGAACUUGGCUUCCUAACGGUAUCCAGGUGACCUUCAAGUGCCCCAACGAACCAGAACUAGUUAGGAGUCAUUCAUAAAUGUUUUUGAAUAUCGAUUUGUUAUUGAUUUAUCCCAAAUAAAUGUUAUUACCUAUAA